ACGUCACACUUGGCAUCACUUCAUCAUCUACGCAUUUCAUUGGACAAACGUCUGUUUGCUUUUGGAUCCUCCCAACAGCUUCAAUGAACACGGUAACCAAAAGCUGCGGUGGUAUUCCGGACAUUCCCCACUUCUUCGGUUGCUAUUCAGCUUCAUAAAGAUAUCAAAUAAACAGACAACGAAACAACCAUGAUGAAAUCGAUCCUUAGCCUUCUUCUUGUGGCCGUGGCCGUCAGCGGUUUCGCGCAUCCUCAACCUGUCAAGACGACUUCGACGACUCUUCAAAUGGGUCUCUUUGAUGGAUUCAAGCCCAAGAAAAAGGAACCAGAACCCAAUAUAGUGGGAGGCAUGGACGCCAAUGUCUUUGGAGGAAAAGGAAAGAAAAUCACCAUUCGUGAUGACGAGGACAAUGCCAUGUGGAUUGACGAAGAUGACAGCGGAAACCGCAAGCCAGCCAAGGGAAAAUAAAUGCAUGUAUUUGGAAGAUUGAUUGAAAGAUGUGUAUUAUCAUGGUGAUGGAUGGAUGGAUGGAUGGGUGGAUUGACGACGAGAGAGUGGAAGGAAAUUGGACAACGCUAGCUUUAUAGCUACGGCUGUUGGAUUUAUUUGAUUUGGUUGGCGAUGAUGGGUCGCCAUAUUGAUUGAUUGAUUAGAUGAGGUGUUGAUGGCAUUCCAAGGAAGAUUCUUUGGAUCCAGGGACAGCACCCCCACUGACGCAUUAGAUUUCUCUUGGGUCUGUAUCAUAUUUAGCAGGAAUGCAUAAUGAAGCUAGCUAAGGAAAGAAAUCAAGUGUCUCCCUUCGUUGAGGUGAUGCAUAUGGAGCUACCGUAGUUAGAGCUGGUUUGAUCUUUGCUAUGAUUGCCUUGUCCAAAGUAUCACUACAUCUGUCUAGAUUCCUCUGCAUACCGGUACCACGCAGUAACCAGGAAGCAAACCAUGUAAUGUUGUGAUUGUUAGUCAAGCCUGAAGUGCUGGUGACGUGAACGAGAAAAUAAUAAGGGUAAUGAAAUACUAGCUGGCUCGUUAGUGAUUUUU